AUGCGCCAGAGAAGCUUCUUCUCGACCUUGCGGGCUCUCCAGCAUGACAACCCACUAGGACUCCCAAAAUCAGGCACACCACCAACCCUACGAAGUCGUCGCGGUCUUCCCGAGAAGCGCAAAAUACGCGAUGUCGCAAAAGUAAUAGCUGUCUCUUCUGCCAAAGGCGGGGUUGGAAAAUCCACAAUUGCGGAACAAGCCUGUGUGAAAGAGAAGAACCUGAUUGUGUGUCUGGAUUAUGUAGUCAACCUAGCUCUAGCCCUUGCCCGUAGAGGGAUCCGUACCGGCAUCCUCGAUACAGACAUCUUCGGGCCCUCAAUACCCACGCUAUUGAACCUGCAUGGUGAACCACGCUUGGACUCGACGAACUGUCUGAUUCCUCUCACAAAUUACGGCCUGAAAUCCAUGUCGAUGGGCUACCUCCUUCCGCACGCAUCAUCCAACAACCCUUCAACCGAUACCUCUACUACUCCUCCAAUGGACACAACGCCAAUAAGCUGGCGUGGACUCAUGGUGACCAAAGCAAUGCAUCAGCUUUUGCACUCCGUCUCCUGGGGCCCUCUCGACGUACUCAUUCUCGACCUUCCGCCCGGAACCGGCGAUGUGCAGUUGACGAUUGGACAAGAAAUCAUCCUCGACGGCGCCGUCAUUGUCUCAACACCGCAGGAUAUCGCCCUUCGCGACGCAGUUCGUGGAUUCGGGAUGUUUCAAAGAAUGGACGUUCCAGUGCUUGGCAUGAUACGGAAUAUGGCCUUUUUCGAAUGUCCGCAUUGCGGCAAGGAGACCAAGAUAUUUUCUCACUCGCACGAAGACAGUCCUGAACAAGGUGUUGUGGCGCAGUGUAAUAGGCUUGGUAUAGAGUUUCUAGGUGACAUCCCUCUUGAUGCAAGGGUUUGCGAGGAUGCAGACCGAGGAAUGCCCACGGUAGUCGCCGAGGAAGGAAAUGACAACAGUGCACGGAGGCGAGCCUUUAUGAGUGUUGCGGAGAAAGUUGCAAGGAAGGUAGGGUUAGACUGGAAAUAG